CGGAGGAGCAGCCGGUUCAGAGCCACAGCAGAGAUCCAGCGGUUGACGGACACAGAAGUAACGGAGGAUAAGCGGUUCACGAGCUAAACAUCGGACCAGACGCCGCUUUUUCUGGACUUAAGUUGGACGCAGGGACGAAGAAGAACAAAACCUACGGAGUCCAAACCCGUUAAAGAAGCAGUAAAAUUUGCGGUCAGCGCAGCUUUAUCCUCUUGUUUCUAAUCUAAACAAGCUGCGAAGUGAGAGGACAGCCAUGAUUCCCCCCCUGUGCCUCGUGUUGAUGCUCGCCGCCUCCGUUUUCUCCGAGUCGCAGGUGAGGGAGACGGAGACGUGGAUGCCCAUCAGGACCACACAGACUGUCGCCAUGACGACAGGCGACCUGGAGGCAUCAGGGGACACUUCCAACGGCUCAGACUUUGGCUUCUCUGACGACGAAGACGAUGAUGAAUACGAUGCAUCCGGGUCGGGAGGAGGAGAACCCGAGCCCACAGAAAGAGAGUCCAGACCUUCAGUUGAGCCUGACAUCAACGAUAACCGGAUCCCCGACCUGCAUCUCCCGGUGCGGCCCACCGUCAACGAGAUCGAGCUCGUCAAGGACAAGAACGAGAUCCGUCUGCUGGGGAACGAGCAUGGACCCAAGGACGAGAACCAGUCCAACGUCCUGAUGUCCCAGGCCACGGAGCACAGCAUCUUCAACAAGACGGAGGUUCUGGCAGCUGUGAUCGCCGCCUGCGCCGUCCUCCUGAUGCUCGCCGUGCUCCUCAUCCUCUUCCUCAUCUACCGCAUGAAGAAGAAGGACGAAGGCAGCUACGACCUGGGGAAGAAGCCCAUCUACAAGAAGGCCCCCACCACGGAGAUCUACGCGUAGACUCCGCCCCCUCCUCCCUGACCUCUCACACACACAAACACACACACCUCAGCUCUGUACAAACCCAUCAGGGCCUCAUCUCCAUCACCUCACCUCCCUUCAACAGAGUGACAUUGGAUGAAUCCGGAGCCCCCGACGACUCAACCUAUUGACUGGCUCCUCCUCCUCCUCCUCACACCUGUAUGAAAAUAACUGGCCAAUCAGAGGAGGGGAAUCCUGGAGCGGCGGGAUUGGACCGGUUCCGCUGCGGCGUGCCGUGUUUUUUUGUUUUAUUCGGAUCUGUCCUCGAGUUGAAAGGAAAAAACAACAGAACGGACUCUUCCUGCUUUACUCCCGUUAAACACUAACAUGUUAUUUAUUCACUCGUCUUCCUCGUCUCAUUUUUCACAACGGAAAAAUCAGACGGCUUUUAUUUCGCCUGUAGGCAGUAGGUUUUCUGUUCUAGAUCACAAUCAUGUUUUUUUGUUUCCUUUUUAUUGUUUUAUUUCGAUGCGUCGGGAUCCCAGGAGGCAGAGCUUCCGACUCCGACCCGGAAGUUCUGCCUCCGGUCCGACGGGAAGCCAGCGCGGAAUGUGGCUCCGCUGCUGGGAAGGAGGGGAAACGAUCACCGCCGUGCCUCCAGUUUGGCAGAAUAUUUUUUAUUUUUAGAGAAAAUUGUCUAAGUGGUUUGGACUGAGAUGGAAAAUGAAUUCCCUUCUUGUUCUUGGAAGUUCACUGAAUCCCACCCCUCCCUUUACUGUUGCUCUCUGGUCCAGAUAAGCCGGCCCGGCCCUAAAAUUACUGCACUAGUUCUACUGGUACACCAAGUGACCCGACCCCUUAACCCCCGGUACGAUUGGCAGAACUUUCUGGAAAACCUUUCCGUCUGGCUUUGGUUCUGUUGUUUUUUUUCACAGUGGGUCGGACGGUUCCCUUUAUAAGCUACACCGACUGUUUCUCUGAUCGACCUGAGGAUCCACGAGAAAACAUGAAGCCGACUAAAAGAAAAACGAAACAAAACAAAAAAA